AUGAACAUGCUCGCAGACGGAAGCUGGGAGAGCAGCCAGAGAUUCAAGAAGCGAGAGGUGAAGCCCCAGGGCAGACUGAGAGACGAAAGGAAUCACCUCGUGGACAGCGUGCACAGAUCCGAUGCCGGCGUGGCGUACGCCGACGACACGGCGCUCGUGUCGAACUGCACCGAAUGGUCGCAGUUUUCCUUGGACUGGUUGUUCUACAGGGCUCGCAUGUACGGACUGGAGCCCAAGCAAGGCCCCGAGGCCUGCGAGGCGGCAGCCCUCCAGUCGCCCGCUGCAGCUGCCGGUUUCUCGCUCUGCACGCGGUCAGGUUCGUCGGGCACUUCGCGCGCGCUCGUGUUCUGGCGUGUGAUGCCUGUGCCGAUGGAGGGCUCUAUCUUCGCAUUUGUCCGCUCGCAUUCCCUGAUCGCGGCGCUGCAGCUGAUGGUGUCGGGCUCCAUCUUCGCCUCAGAGGGGGUUGGUCUGCCUCGCCUCCGCUCGGGCCCGCCGCGCACCUGGCUGGCGGGGGUGCCCGCCCGGGGCACCGCGAAGGAGGGGCGCCAGGCCGCGGGAGGGAUGGCGGCCCAGAACAUGAUGGCUGGCAUGGACAGCCUGUCGCAGAAGGACCAGGCUCAGGUGCUGGCCACGCUGAACGACAUGCAGAUGCAGGAGUCGAUGAACACGUACAACAAUUUGGUCGAGAGGUGUUUCAACGAGUGCGUCACAAGUUUUCGCACAAAGGCGCUGGAAAGUAACGAGGAGCAGUGCGUCAAGCGAUGCGUGCAGAAGUUCAUGUCAUUCAGCCAGCGAGUUGCGCAGCGAUUUCAGGAAAAGCAGCAGCAGAUGGGGCAGAAGAUGUGCAGCGCCAGCGCUGCCGCGGCCCUGCGACGGCGCACCCGUGCCGUCGGUGCCCUCGGCCGCCGGCGCUCCUGGCAGGCGGCGCUCGGCCUGCUGUGGGAGGCGGAGGGCCCAGGCGCCGCCGCGCUCGACGGCAUCGCCUGCAGCGCCGGGGUGGCCGCGUGCGCCGCGGGCCGGCAGUGGGCGCUGUCGCUCGCGCUGCUGCGCGAGGCGCGUGCGGCGGCCUGGGCCCCCGGGACGGUGGGCUACAACGCCGUCCUCGGCGCGUGCAUGCACGCGUGGGCCAGCAACAGCGCGCCUGAUGGCUGGGUGCGGUCGCGCACGCUGUGCCUGUUGGAGGAUAUGCGCUCCCUUGCGCUGGAGACCGACGCCGCUACCUACAACGCCGCCAUCCAGGCGUGCGGGUCGCGCUGGCGGCUCGCGCUCUCCUUCCUAGUUUCUGGGGGUGGUUGGGCAUGGGCGUCUGGCUGA